AUGUUACGAGAACUGAAGAACGUCUUUUCCAUAAAUCUGCAGAUCUCAGACUCACUCUCCGAGAAUGAGAAUGAGAAAUUGGACGAUCUCUUUUCCCGGCUCCCUAUCUACACUCGACUUUACAGCCUCGAAUUCAGCACAAAGAAGAAUAUGAACCGGCUCAUCAGCAAAUUUGCGAGAAACAGCAUGAAAUCCUUGAAAUUAAACGAUUACCAUAAUGACGAACUACUAGAAAUCGCACAGGUCGCAUGCCCAGACCUUCGCCGACUUAUUCUUAGUCGGAGACACGUGAAUCCGCCCAAACACCCGCCUGUAGCCAAAGAGCGGGAAGCAGUAGGAAAACAGGUCGCUAAAGCAUUCCCUGAGCUGGAGUGGUUUGUAAUAGAUCACUACGGGGUAGUUACUCCGGAUAAGUGUGUCGAUAUCAAAGAGCAUCUGAGACCCUUGGCCUACGCUAUUAACGGCAUGACGAAACUUCGGGGACUAUCUAUCAGACUAUCAAGCCACCUGAUGGGUACGAUACUCCCCGAGAUCUCGGUCAAGCACCUUCCCAGAGAAUUCGCCGUCGUAAUAGACGAUUUUGGCUAG